AUGAGCAAUACAUCUAAAUUAAUGCCUAAUAAUCAUUUCUUAGCUUAUGAGGAUGCAAAAGCGAAAUGCAAAGAGAAAUAUUUAAAAUUUAAGUAUUUAAACCUACAUAUAAAGGAAUACACUGAUUUUUCUAAUUUACAAGUUGAUAUGAAAUUAUGCAAAUAAAUGUAUGAUAAAUAUUCAGAAUGCUUUAAUGUAAAUAAACCAGCUGCAUAUUAAGGAAAAUAAAGAGAAUGA